AUGUCGGCAGAGACCUCGCCUAGGGCUGUCCGCUUCUCCGACGGCGACGUCGACCCGUCCAUGUCCAAGGGCUAUCGUCCACUUGCCGUCACCAACGACUCCGGCGACUCGGGCUCCUCAGGCGAGUCACGGCCAGAGCCCAAUGGCUUCGUCGACUACGAACUCCAGGAUGAACUAGGUACCCUCCACCACUACAUCGACCAGGCCGGUCUUGCAGGCUCCAUGUCGUCCGUCGCUUCCGAUUCAUUGGCUAAUGGCACGGCUGGCCGCCAUCGCUCAGCUACAGACGGAGGACCCAUCCACUCCAACGGCACAUCUACGAGACCCCAACGACCUACCGGCCCGGCAAGGCAGCCUUCCAAUACCUACAGACCCGUGCGCCGACCGCAGCCUACUCCCGUGGGAUACCCUGAUCCUCGCUCCGCCUCCAGGUCACGAAAUUUGCCCUCCAACUCGACCUUCGCACGCCAGGAAAGAGCAUAUGUCCAGCGACUUAACAACGCCAGAAAGCAAGACUAUCCGUUCCCCUCCGAGUUCGACCCCAUAAGCUUUGGCACCCAGGGCGACCCGGACAGUGAUUCUGAGGGCGAGACUCCUGGAUCAGAAGCGCCGUAUAGCACCGAGCAGGACGACGACGCGAGGAGACUUUUCGAGGGCGACGACGACGAGGAUCUGGAACCGACCGAGGAAGACAUUAGAGACCCAGACAACAGGGAGAGACUGGAAUGGCAUGGAAUGCUCGCGGCUGUCCUCACCGGAGAUGUCGUGCGACAGGAGAAGAAGCGUCUCAUCGGCUCGUCUGAGCAGGAGGUUGGAAAGACCGCGCAGAAGGCCGAGCUAUGGCUCGGUAUACGAGCCCGCAUAUGCGGUAGGCAUCUACCCGUUCAGCGCAGAAUGGUGGAAGACGCUCGGGGCACCAUGGAUCGAACAAUCGAGGAAAUUAUCAACUUCCAGAUAGCCGGGGAGAGCGAGGCGGGCAAGCCCCCGGCUGAUCAAGUCCGCGAUAUGGUCGAGAAGAUCGAGAGGCUGGAAGGCCUGUAUCCGUCGCGAGAGGCCAUGCUGGCGGCACACACCUCUGCAAGAUCCGCUCUAUUCACAGAGGCUUGCGACGCCAUCACCUCCUGGUACAAUGUCAAUGAACUCAUCAACACAGAGCUCACUGUCCUGAGAAGAUGGGUGGGCAACGACGAGCUGGACUUCCUGCGAACAAGAGAACGAUCUCCGAUUGGCAACGCUAUUGGCGACGAGUCCUCUUUCCUCGAUAAGUUGUUGAAGGAGGACGGCCUCAAGUCACUACACGACCACAUUGAGGAGGACGUUGGUGGGUUCAAGAGCAAGCGGAACAGCAUGCUGAGAGGCAUCUCCAAUGUAAUCCUCAAGGCCAAGGAAACCCUUAUCCACAACGCAGAGGCGUUCAGAAAACGGCACCUGCCCCCUUACAUCGAGGAUCUCCUAACCUUGAUCAGCUUUCCCUCCCGCCUGAUCGAGGAAAUCAUCAAGGUCCGCCUGGCCUACGCGAAGAAGAUGAAGGAAUCAGCACAGCAAAAUCCAAUGCUGCAGGACCAGAUGAUUUCUCAAUUCCAGGUCCUCUUGAAUCUGGCUAUUGGCAUCAAGCUUGAAUACCUGGGGAUAUCACAGCCUGAGCCUGGUUGGGAGCUGCCUCCUUGCAUCGACGAGGCUUUUGACCAGGCUGUCCUGGACGCCUUGAAAUAUUACUUCAAGAUGCUCAACUGGAAACUGAGCGGCAACAAGAACACCUUCAAGGAAGCUGAGCUUCUGUUCCAGGAGUGGGAAUUUAUCAAUGAGAUCGGGAGUCACCUGGAUCACGGUGACGUCGAGGUUGCUGAGCAGUUCAGCAAUCUGACUUUCAAGGCAAUCAGGCGCUUGAGCGACACCUUCGAAAGAGAGCUGCAACGGAAGCCCAAAGAAAGCCCCGCCGAGAUGAGCAAGAGGUACAAGCAGAUCCUUGACUCGGUUCGAGUUCGCCAAAGAAUGCUGCAACGUUUCUCCAGAAUGCUGAGCGGCAAUUAUGAAAACGCUGCGGACUUUAGUAUCGCGUUUGGACCGGAUCGACUUCACACUCUGUUCGCAAGACUGAUAGAGUCUGGCCACUUCCAAAUCUACACCGCAAGCAUCGAACAUGAGGGUGUCAUUCUGGUCGCUUCGCCUUCGUUACACGGCCGUCACGAGGAGAUUCAGUCUAUCAUUGGCACUGCGUCGUACGAGCAUGUCUCUGAAGAUCCUACGGACCCAUAUAUUCUAAUGAUCCGAGCCGAGAAUGCACCCCACUGGUACGGACCCAAGGUAUCCAUGACGGUACGGGAAGAGCCUCUGGAUCUGAAGGUCGGCCAUCUGCGGCUCAUUGCCGGGGGGUCUCAGAACCGACUCACGAAUGCGAGGAAAGCUUUCCUGGAGCUCAUCGACUUGCACCUGGACCUUGUUGUCGAGCAACGCUCGAACCUCAAGAGAGUCAACCAAAAACUGGGAGACAUCAAGAAAGUGGCAUACAAGCUCUCCAACACCUUCAUGGACAGCGUUGAGACUAUCCGCUCACAGACAAAGGGGAUGGAGGUGCAGGAUCUCAUCCAGACCUGUUUCAUCUUCGCGACAGAGUUUGGUCAGCGAUCUCUACUGUUCAUGGACAGCAAUCGCAGGCAGAUGAACAACAUCAAAUUGACCAAACUUGCUUUGGACUGGGUGAGCUUCAUCUGCGAUGAUUGUGUGUCUUCUGACCGGAAAACCUUCCGGUGGGCCGUCCUGGCUCUCGAGUUCAGCAUGGGCAUGACCCGUGGAAGGCAUAUUCUAGCACUUGGAGACGAGGAAUAUGCAAGACUGCGAGAGAAGGUCGCCGGUUGCAUGUCUCUGCUUAUCUCGCACUUUGACAUCAUGGGCGCGAGGUCGAGCGUUGCCGCCCAGGCGGAGAAACAGCGGCUCGAGGCCCUCGUGGGCCAAUUCAGAAGGCUGGACCAGGGCAAGAAUCUCGAUGAUCGCACUGCUUCCAAGUUUGUUCUAGACCACCGUCUUCAAGAACUCUCCAGGAUCGAUGAGGGGAGGAAACAAAUUCUAGCCGAAAGAUCCGCCCUAGGUCGCGUGCUCGAGGCCUCGAACGAGGUGGACCGGUCUCUUGCGUACCUGUCAUCGACUGCUACUAACUUCACGAUGAGGUGGCAGCAAGGGCACUUUGUCGGCGGAGGAACAUUCGGCAACGUCUAUGCGGCGAUGAACCUGGACACCGGGCACUUGAUGGCUGUCAAGGAAAUCAGGUUGCAGGAUCCGAAGUUGAUACCUACCAUUGCUACGCAGAUCAAAGACGAGAUGCGUGUGCUUGAGUCUGUCGACCACCCCAACGUCGUGUCAUACUACGGCAUCGAGGUCCACAGAGACAGGGUCUACAUCUUCAUGGAGUUCUGUUCUGGAGGCUCACUUGCCAACUUGCUCGAGCAUGGUCGCAUCGAGGAUGAACAAGUUAUCAUGGUUUAUGCGCUACAGCUUCUCGAAGGCCUUGCUUACCUUCAUGAGAUCAAGAUCGCGCAUCGUGACAUUAAACCAGAAAACGUACUCCUCGACCAUAACGGCAUCAUCAAAUAUGUCGAUUUUGGCGCAGCCAAAGUAAUCGCUCGCCAGGGACGGACACUCAUGCAAGACAUUUCAGCUACGAAACCCAACAAGUCCAUGACUGGCACUCCGAUGUACAUGUCUCCUGAGGUCAUCAAGGGUGAAAACCCAGGGCACUUUGGAGCAGUCGAUAUAUGGUCUCUCGGCUGCGUCAUUCUCGAGAUGGCCACAGGGCGACGUCCUUGGGCAAACCUAGACAACGAGUGGGCGAUCAUGUACAACAUCGCCCAGGGCAAUCCGCCACAGCUCCCGACGCCAGAUCAGCUCAGCCCAGAAGGCAUUGACUUCCUCAAGCGCUGCUUUUACCGCGACUCCAAGAAGAGGGCUACCGCCGUGGAACUGCUGCAGCAUGACUGGAUCAUGACCAUCCGGAACCGGGUCGUCGAGCCUUCGACACCUAGCGACUCGAGCGCCUCGGCCCAGACUACGCCGACUGCGACCUCUGGGUCCAGCAGAACAAGCGUCGGUGCGGACGGAUUCUACUGA